AUGGAUGAAUUUGAGAUGUCUGAUCUUGGUGAACUAUCAUACUUCCUGGGUAUUGAAUUUGUUUCUACCAGUAAAGGGAUUUUCAUGCAUCAAAAGAAGUAUGCAGAAGACAUCCUAAAGAGGUUCAAUAUGAUGGAUUGCAAUUCUGUUAUCACACUAACUGAAACUGGAAUUAAGCUGCAAAUAGAUGGGGAUGAGAAAGAAGUUGAUCCUACCUUGUUUAUGGAGAAACCAAAGACACCUCACUUCUUGGCAGCAAAGAGGAUUCUGAGGUAUGUGAAAGGAACAUUGGAUCUUGGUAUUUUAUAUCCUUACAGUCAGAAGAAUAUAGAAGGAGAAGUGUUUGGUUAUAGUGAUUCAGAUUGGUGUGGUGAUCAGGAUGAUAGAAAAAGCACUACUGGUUAUGUUUUCAAAUUUGGAACAUCACCAAUCUCUUGGUGCUCAAAGAAGCAGAGUGUAGUUGUUUUGUCAACAUGUGAAGCAGAAUAUAUUGCUGCUGCUAUGGCAGCCUGUCAAGCUCUAUGGCAGCCUGUCAAGCUCUAUGGCUGGAAGCUUUAA